AUGGAUUCAGAUCAUCAUUCUAGCGAAGAAUCUCCAGAUCCACAAGAGUUUCCGGAUCUUCCAAUUAACAGUCACGAAGUCGAAACAGAAACAGUCGCUCAAUUUACCGAAUUUCAACAUGUUGACCCAGAUGGUCAAGAAUUACACGACUUAGGUCCACAUGAUGACUCUCAACCAGUCAUUAAAUCUGUGGACGACGGUCCGCCUACCUCUUUAUCAAGAGGUAUCAAAUCCUGGCAUGUUACUUUGAUUUCUCUUGGAGGAAUUAUUGGUUCGUGCUAUUUCUUAGGCCUCGGACUUACCUUUGCUGAAAUGGGCGCUAUCCCCGUUCUCAUUGGUUACUUUAUUGCUGGUGUUUGUGUUUUCGGUGUUAUGCAAUCAUUUUCCGAGCUUUUAGUCAAUUUACCACGUCAUGGUUCAUUUGUUGCUUACAAUAGAGAGUUUUUAGGAGAUGCCAUCAGUACAGGCAUUGGUUGGUCGUUCUGGGUUAACUGGGUUGUCUACGUUCCAUCCGAAUGUCUUGCCUUCUCAACCUUCAUGAAUACUUAUUACACAAUUCCUUUCAAGAACCCCGCAUGGAGUGAUUUCGUUUGGGGUUGCAUAUGUCUUGUCCUUUUGACACUUAUCAACUUGUUCAAGGUCAAAUGGUUCGGCCACGUCGAAUCAGCAAUGGCUAUUGCGAAAAUCUUAGUCAUUGUAUUUUUCGUCGUUGUCGCCUUCUUUAUCUGGGUUGGUGUCAUUGGAAAGAAACAGCAUCCAUUCACAGAUACAGAAGUUGGUUUCAUUGGCGGAAAAGUCAUUACAGAAGGUGAGGGUUCAUUGGCCCAUCGUCUUUUCCCCAAUGGCUAUGCAAUUCUCAUCACAUACAUGAUCUAUGUUUUGGUUAACUUCCAGGGAUCCGAAAUUGUCGGUCUUUCUGCGGCUGAAACUGAAGAUCCGAAGAAGAAUAUUCCAGCAGCCUGCAAGAAAGUUGCUACAAGAAUUAUCAUGAUCUACAUUAUCCCUAUUUUGUGUUUGAUUAUGAUCGUUCCUCAUCACAAAGCUUCACUCGACGAAUCAAUUUUCGCUUACGCAUUAUCAUCAUACGGAUUGAAAUGGGCCGGCCAAUUAUUCACUUUUGUCACUCUUGUUGCUGCUUUCUCAUGCGCUAACUCCGGUCUUUACGGUACAGUCAGAUGCAUUUAUGGUUUGUCAAAGGAAGGUUUGGCUCCAGCGUUCUUAUCCAAACUCAACAAGUAUGCUGCACCUUUCAACGCUACGAUAUUUACUCUUGUUUUCAUUUGGAUUGUUUUCAUCUUUGGUUUCUUAUCACAAACAAUGGGCGUCUUUGGUAAGGGAUCCUCAUCACUCUACGGAUCUCUUUUGGGUAUCAGUGGAUUCACGGGCACUUUGAUGUGGGUCGGAAUCAUCAUAUCCCAAAUUGUCUUCAGAAUCAAACUAAAGAGACGCGGAUAUGAUCCAAAGAAGGAUCUCGACCACCAAGCAUUCUUGUAUCCUUACUUAAACAUCUUCUCAGUCGUUGUCCAGAUCGCAGCCAUGAUUUGUAUGAUUUUCUCUCACGGAGGAUGGGUGAUCUUCCUUAUUUCUUUGGUAAUCUUCAUCAUCGCUGUCGUUGCAUUCUUGAUUCUCAAGAAAUGCGGAAAAAUCAAUACAAAUAUCAAAUACGCUGAAGAAGAAAUCCUCUUCGAUGCCAAGUACCCACAGAAGACUGACGAAUCUGAGAGCCUCCACAUUUCUACUGGUUCGUCUGCUUCUCAGACAGAUAACAAGCAAAUGCCAGAUCCAGAACUUGUCGGAUAUGAACUCAAAUAA